AUGUCUGGCGCAGUCGCCCGCCUGGCCCAAGUCGGCGGAGCUUUGCGAGCUGCAGCCAGCUCCCUUAUCAAGUCUGAGAAAGAUGCUGACAAUGUUCCAAGCGCUGAUAUCGGCCUGAUCGGCCUGGCCGUCAUCAGAGCUUACACGGCACGAAGGGGCCAGAACCUGAUCCUCAACAUGGCCGACCACGGCUUCACCGUCUGCGCCUUCAACCGGACCGUGUCCAAGGUCGAUGCCUUCCUUGCCAACGAGGCCAAGGGCAAGUCGAUCGUCGGCGCCCACUCCGUCGAGGAGUUCGUUUCCAAGCUCAAGAGCCCCCGCCGGAUCAUGCUCCUGGUCCAGGCUGGCAAGCCCGUUGAUGACUGGAUCGAGACCCUGAUCCCCCUCCUCAGCCCCGGCGAUAUCAUCAUUGAUGGCGGCAACUCCCACUUCCCCGACACUAACAGGAGGGUAAAGUACCUUGCCUCCAAGGGUCUGCGCUUCGUCGGCUCCGGUGUCUCUGGUGGUGAGGAGGGCGCUCGCCAUGGCCCGUCCCUCAUGCCUGGUGGCAACGAGGAGGCUUGGCCCUACAUCAAGGACAUCUUCCAGGCCAUUGCUGCCAAGAGCGAAGGUGAGGCUUGCUGCGAGUGGGUUGGUGACGAAGGUGCCGGUCACUACGUCAAGAUGGUGCACAACGGUAUUGAGUACGGUGACAUGCAGCUGAUUUGCGAGGCCUAUGAUCUCAUGAAGCGUGGUCUGGGUAUGAGCAACAAGGAGAUUGGCGAUGUCUUCGCUAAGUGGAACACUGGUGUUCUUGACUCCUUCCUGAUCGAGAUUACCCGCGACAUUAUGUACUACAAUGAUGAUGAUGGAGAAGCUCUCGUCGAGAAGAUCCUGGACAAGGCCGGCCAGAAGGGUACCGGCAAGUGGACCUCGGUCAACGCCCUGGAUCUGGGCAUGCCUGUUACCCUGAUUGCUGAGGCUGUCCUGGCUCGCUGCCUGUCAGCCAUCAAGGAUGAGCGUGUCAAGGCCUCGACUCGUCUUGAGUUCGUCGGCCGUGCCACCACCUUCGAGGGCAACAAGGAGCAGUUCCUUGAGGACCUCGAACAAGCUCUCUAUGCUUCCAAGAUCAUUUCUUAUGCCCAGGGUUUCAUGCUCAUGCAGGAGGCUGCCAAGGAGUAUAACUGGAAGCUCAACAAGCCCUCGAUCGCGCUCAUGUGGCGCGGUGGCUGCAUCAUCCGCUCCGUCUUCCUCAAGGAGAUCAGUGCGGCGUACAACCGCAACCCCGACCUCGAGAACCUGCUCUUUGACGAUUUCUUCAACAAGGCCAUCCACAAGGCGCAGCCCGGCUGGCGCGACGUCGUCGCCAAGGCGGCUCUGCUCGGCAUCCCGACCCCGGCCUUCUCGACUGCGCUGGCGUGGUUCGAUGGGUACAGGACGAAGGACCUCCCUGCCAACCUGCUCCAGGCCCAGCGUGACUACUUCGGCGCCCACACCUUCCGCAUCAAGCCCGAGAAGGCCAACGAGAAGUACCCGGCGGACAAGGACAUCCACGUCAACUGGACCGGGCGGGGCGGCAACGUCUCUGCCUCGACAUACAAUGCUUAA